AUGCCCCACUGCGCCGCCAUUUUCUGGGGCAAGGACAUGAUAGUCAUUCACAACCUGGCCUGGGAAAAGGCCAGAGGCGGACUUGACGGCCAAGCCACGAGCGCGCGCGACAGCUACGACCAUGAAGCACUCGGCACGCUGCGGACGGUGCUGAGAGGACGAACGGUCAAGGUAGCCGCCAGGUACUUCCUCGAGAAAUUCGCGGAAGAAAAGAACAGGCAGCUUCUCCUCAGCACUAUCUUAGACGAAAGCGGCACGCGACAGGGCGUACUGGCCCAACUACUCGAAAACCAGAACGUGGACCGCUACAUGCCCAUCGAGGGCAUAGACGAACUUUCGCGCCAGCAUCCAGGAAGACAAGUCAAGGAGAAUGAAUACCAGCACAAGAGCAAGGACAAAAGCACGCAGCAGGCCGAUUCUAUGUCGACCAACAUGUUCCAGCGCUUCGCUGAGCUGCUGCCUAAUGGCUUAGCCAUUCUUGACAAGGAUGCCGAAGCAAUUUUCGUCAAUGACGGCUUCUUCAAGCUGACGACUAACAAGGGCAACAAUGAGUUCCGCUCGUGGCCAGAGAGCAUACAUCCUGACGACUAUGAAGACGUCAUGACCGCCUAUCGCAAAGCAUUCGAAAGCCGAACAGAGUUGCAGAUAGAGUUUAGAUGUGAUGUUGCAGCGCCCGAAGAAAUGAAGUCCAAGGGAGAGCAAUGGAGAUUAUUCUUGUUGAAGCCUCUGAGUGAGGAAGCCGAUGCCGGUUUUAUUAGCGCUGUAAUCGACAUCACCGACAUCAAACAGGCCCAACUAACUCAAGAGAAAGCCGCCAAUGACGCCAAAGAUCGCAAGGAACAGCAAGAGAGAUUCAUUGACAUGGUUUCGCACGAAAUUCGGAAUCCUCUAUCGGCUGUCUUACACUUGGCUGAAGAAGUGAGAGAAAUCACGAAAGAGAUUGGGGCCGAUCACGAAGACGUUCGCGACCAGGUAGCCGAUAUAUUGGAUGCAGCCGACACUAUACUUCUUUGCGUCUCACAUCAGAAUACUCUUGUAGACGACAUUCUAUCUUUUUCCAAGCUCGACUCUAUGAUGUUAUCUUUGGUACCCCGACCAACAAAACCUAAGUGGGAAUUCUCCCAAGCGCUUCGAGUUUUCCAUUCCGAAUUCAAGGCGAAAAAUAUCAAGUUUCACUACGCUAUGGAUGUUUCGUAUGAGGAACAGAAAGUGGAUAGUGUUGUCGCAGAUCUCAAUCGCAUGAAGCAAGUUUUGGUCAACCUGAUAACCAAUGCUAUAAAAUUCACCUCCAAGAAGAAUGGCGACCGUAACAUCACUGUAUCCAUGGGCGCAUCCAUUGAGCGACCUACAUCUUACCCACCCAACGUCAUCUACUUCAGUGAAGAGAAAGAAGCGUUUCAUCUGGAUUCAACUAUGACGUCGGAAUGGGGCUCCGGGGCCGCCAUGUAUCUGAUGGUAGCUGUUAAAGAUACUGGCAUAGGCAUCAGCAAAGAAGGCCAAGCCAAGUUAUUCGAACGUUUUAGACAAGCGACACCGAAAACGCAAGAGAGAUAUGGCGGCUCAGGUCUCGGUCUUUUCAUAUCACGCAAAUUAUGCACAUUACACGGUGGAGACAUUGGCGUGAGUUCGAAAGAGGGAGAAGGUUCAACAUUCGGUUUCUUCUUCAAAGUACGUCGCGCGACUGGCGGAAAUGAUGAGGGACGACCUUCAGGACAAUCGCGAAGUAACUCGGAAACAUCCAAUUCUUCUUCCCGUCCAGGCGAAUCUGGGUCGCGACCAUCUCGUCCAGGGAUUAGUCGUGCAAAUUCGAAUCUCUCGAGCAUAAAAGAGCGAAACAACGAGCGCCCUGAAGCAAAAUCACUGGCCAGCCAUCAUGGUGUCGACACCGACGAGAUAGAGCAAUCACUUAAAGAUCCACCAGUAGAAGAUCGACCGGAAGCACACCCUGAGUCGAACGAAGAUGCACGCUACAAGGAGACGCAGAAGGCCACAGAGGAGAUCAAAACAAUCAAGCCAAACGUGGAGAAAAAGCUGCCUGAUUUGAGGAGAGGCGAAACGCACCGGCAAGAAGAGGACGCUUUAGAAGUCACGAGAUCUCAGAGCGAUAAACGUUCUGAAGCUACACAUACUCUUCUUCUUGUCGAAGAUAAUCUAAUCAACCAGAAGGUUCUGCGGCGGCAGCUUCAAUCCCGCGGCUUCCAGGUCUUCACCGCGAACAACGGUCAGGAAGCGAUCGAUGCAGUAGCCAAGCGUGGACAGAGGGCAGAUAACGGCCCCGACGACCGCAACUAUUUCGACUGCAUACUCAUGGAUCAGGAAAUGCCUAUUAAAGACGGCAAUGCAGCAACACAAGAGAUCAGGCAGCUACAAGAUGAGGGCAAGGCUGGAUACAGUCAUAUCCUGGGUGUUUCUGCAAAUGUACGAGAGGCGCAGACGAACAGCAUGCGUGAAGCUGGUAUGGACGACGUUAUUUCCAAACCGUUCAAGGUAGACGACCUUGUCAAGAAAGUCCGUGGCUUGGUUUUGAACGGUGGCGGCGGCUCGAAGCACGACAAUAGACCAGACGGUGCCUCAAAUACCGAAGAAGAUGACAAAAGUGGCGACCAAAAGGACACGGACGGCGGUCUGCAUCCACGAGAUGCAGAAAGACGGGAGGAAAACAUACAUCCGGACAACGAACGAGAAAAUCGAGAGCGAGGAGGCGAAAGGUCGAGAUCCCGAGCUACCAUAAGGACAGGAAACGCAACACAUCAGAAUGAGUCUAUAACGCACGAAAAUCAAUCAUGA